GUGCAACUAGCUUUCGUGUCUCUGUUCUUCUUCUCCCUUCGUUUCCUUCUCCCCGAGCCCAGCAGCAUGAGCUCAACCAGACCCUACGAUGUGGAAGAACACCGUUGGAGCACUGGCCUCUGUGGCUGCUUCGACGACAUCAAAAGCUGCUGCCUCACCUUCUGGUGCCCAUGCGUCACGUUCGGACGGAUAUCAGAGAUUGUGGACAAAGGGGCAACAUCUUGCGUCUCGAAUUGCGCAAUCUUUGCGCUGAUCUGCCUCCUGGAUCGGUGGGCAUGGCUCUAUUCAUUCUCCUACCGAACCAGACUCAGACGAGAACUCGGGUUGAAGCAAGAUCCUUGCCAUGACUGCUUAGUCCACUGCUUCUGCAUGCGCUGCGCGCUUUGUCAAGAGUACCGAGAGCUCAAGAACCGCGGAUUCAACAUGGAGAAGGGAUGGGAAGGAAACGCCAACAAACAUGGAGAAGUGGCAAUGCCUCCAAAGGUGGAAGGCGACAUGAAGCGCUAGAGUCCUGUGGCUGAUUAAGGCCUACAUCUUAUAUCGACUAAGAAUGUAGUUCUCUUUACUCUAUUUGAUCAUGCAAGUGAACUUGUUUCUCGGAAUAACAUAUGUCAUGUGUUAUUCUUAUUCUGUGUGAUUAGUAAAGUCGGAGCUCAGCUCCUAAUUUUAUUGUCAUUUUCAUGUGGUUGGCGCAGUAUGUGCUAGGAGUUUGAUUAAGUUUGUACCGUAAGACCUUUCGAGUGAGUAUUGAGUUGUCAACUUAUGAAUCUUUUGAUAGCAUUGUCCAA